GGGCUCGGUUCGAGACAACCCGUCGGCGAGCGCAACCGUAAUGGCUUUUCUGCGCGAGGCGACGAGAUUGAAGUGGCAAGCCGGCCACCCAUCGCUCCCCUGAGCUCAGCUGGGUCGACCUCCACGGUCCGCGUUGCCAGGCAAGAUAAAGACGUGAUGGUGUCAGGGGAGCCGACCAAGAGGUCGAACCGGCCGAAGGAGGCCAUCGUCCGCAAAUGGCGAGAAUGGAUCCUUCUGCAGCAACGGCGGAAGGAUCUACGGGCGGCCGGUGCCGCCGACCUCCUGGCAGAUCACGUCGCCCGCGGACACUUCGUGAGUCGACACUCUGAUUUCCACCAGCGCCCAAAGUGUCGUGAGGGCGUCCACGUGGAUUUCGAGAACAUCAUGCGCAUGCUUGUACAGGCGAUCAAGGUCCUGCAGAGCCUAAUGGAGGAGCUGCCAUCCUCAAUGCAUGAGGCAGUGGUACGGAGCAUUGACGAUGCAAUGGGCGAUCAGAACCUGGACCCCAUAGAUAUCUCUGACACGUCUGGCAGCCAGGAGGAGGACGGAACAGAGAUCACAGAAGUGCACACAAUGACACCGACGAGGUUUGACGAAAGAGCGCUCGUCCCUCUGGAAGACGUCUUGCAGCUGCCAAUCAUGCGCAACAAGAGGAUCGACAGAAGGCAGAUCAUGUCGGCCAUCUACCACAACGACAAACAACGCUUUCGGGCCGUGAUCAAAGCAGGCAAAACCUUCAUAGGAGCCAAUCAAGGUCACUCCUUCAAGAUCGAUCCGGACAGUGUGCACACCUACACCCCGACAGAGGAGAUGCCAAGCCUGGUUCAUGGCACGCGCUACGAUUUUUUGCAGAGUAUUCUUCAGCACAGGAUCCGACCGG